AUGAUGGGAAACGAUGCCCGCACCGAAUAUGGCCUGGCCUUAGUCCGCCCAGUACUAAUCGACGAGCCCGCACCGGCAUCUACGCCGGCCGUUCACCUCAAUCUUACGCCUUCCCAACCGCCUCAGAUAGAGACACUGCGCACAUUGAAUGAUCCUAGUUACAGAAUAAGGCACCCUCAUAUCAACGGUGAACCCGAUCCUGGAUCGGCUGGCCACUCCCACGGACACGCACCACCAAUACUACAGAUUGAAGUUGGCCUCGACAGUUCCAUUCCAGAGCUCGCCUCUAGUGAGAGGAUUCCCUUCGCAGAGUUGCAGGUUACGAGUCGUCCGCCAUUAGAUUUUCCUACUGUUCUCGAAGAGGCUGAUAUUUUGCCUGUUGAGACAAAUGUUUUUGGCGAGAUGGGCGCGCCACGUCUCCUGAUGGCAUUGGACGAAGAACGGAGAGAGCGAGCUUUGAUCCAGCUGACCAGUGAGAUUGCUACCUCCGACAAUAUUGGAUCCAUCGACGACUCCGGGUAUGUCGUGGCGACCAAGUACGAAAUGGAUGUAAUUGACCAUGAUUCGGGGGUUGUCACACCUCAACGCGGCGUGGCAGACACAACAGGCGAGGCGACUUACUACACAGCGAUCGCCGUGGUCGCUCUAGCGACAGGAAACUAA